UAGUGCAGUGACAACACGGCAAAGCACUUUGGUCAGACUUCGCCUGUGGCUAAGCUGUUAGCACCUAAGUUGCUUCCCAGCUUGUGGAUGCGGACAGUCAGGCUGUGCUAGGCAGUUAACGAAUUGAAACUUGAAAUAGAAGGAAGAUGAGGCUGAAGGAGAUCCAGAGGAUGGCCCACCAGGCGUGGAGUCCUGCAGGACACCAUCCUAUCUACCUGGCCUUAGGGACAUCAGCACAACAGCUGGAUGCCUCAUUCAAUACCACAGCUGCCCUGGAGAUUUUUGAGGUGGAUUUUUCUGACCCCUCUCUGGACAUGCAUCUAAAAGGGUCCUUACCCACCUCAAACAGGUUGCACAGCAUUGUAUGGGUGAACUUUGGAAUGGGAGCAGAUGGUACUGGAGGCAGACUAGUUGCUGGCAGUGAAAAUGGCUCAUUGACUGUAUAUAACCCAGAGGAUAUAAUGAACUCUGGAGCAGAGGCAGUCGUGGGACAGUGUGACAAACACACAGGGCCUGUUCGAGCUCUUGACUUCAACCCUUUUCAGAGUAAUCUGCUCGCAUCAGGGGCAAAUGAUUCAGAGAUCUACAUCUGGGAUCUUAACAACUUGGGCAGUCCAAUGACACCAGGAGCAAAAACUCAGCCUGCUGAAGACAUCAGUGUUGUGUCCUGGAACAGGCAGGUUCAGCACAUCCUGGCCUCUGCAAACCCCAGUGGGAAAGCAGUUGUGUGGGACCUGAGGAAGAACGAGCCCAUCAUCAAGAUCAGUGAUCACAGCAACAGGAUGCAUUGCUCAGGAAUGCUGUGGCACCCAGAUGUGGCCACUCAGUUGGUGCUGGCCUCUGAAGAUGACCGACUGCCAGUCAUCCAGAUGUGGGACCUGCGUUUUGCGACAUCACCACUCAAAGUCUUUGAGAAUCACACAAGGGGAAUUCUGUCGAUAUCCUGGAGCCAAGCGGACUCCGAGCUCCUGCUGAGUAGUGCUAAAGACAACCGAAUCCUGUGCUGGAAUCCAAAUACUGGAGAGGUCAUUUAUGAGCUUCCGACGACAAACCAGUGGUGUUUUGAUGUCCAGUGGUGCCCCAGGAAUCCAGCCCUGCUUUCUACAGCAUCAUUUGAUGGGAGAAUCACUGUGUAUUCUGUGAUGGGAGGGAGCUUGAAGGCUCAGCAACAAAACACAGUUGAUAAGAUAUCAUCCUCUUUUGACACAAUGGAUCCCUUUGGUACAGGGCAGGUGUUGCCUCCCCUGCAAGUCCCUCAGCCUACAACACAGGACACCAUAGUUCCUCCUCUGAAGAAGCCACCUAAGUGGGUGCGCAGGCCAGUUGGGGCUUCCUUUGCUUUUGGUGGAAAGCUUAUAACCUUUGAGAAUACCAAGCUGCCUCAAGCGCAGAGCCCUCAGCCUGUCCCCAGGCAAGUGUUUGUGAGUCAGGUUACCACGGAGACCGAGUUCCUCCAACGCUCCAGGGAGCUGCAGGCGGCGCUGCAGGCGGGUUCCUUCAACAACUACUGCCAGACCAAGAUUCAGAGUGCCAAGUCAGAUGCUGAGCAGGACAUAUGGAAGUUCCUUCUGGUUAAUUUCGAGGAUGAAGCCCGCAUUAAAUUCCUCAGACUUUUAGGUUUCAGCAAAGAUGAGUUGGAGAGAAAGAUUUCAAAAUGCCUUGGAAAGAAUUUUCAACCCAACGGACAUGGAGUAGACGCCAAAGAUUUAGCAGAAAAGAUGCAGCGACUUUCCACUGAGAGAUCUGAUGAAUCAGCUGCUGUAGGUGAUGAGAGAACAUCAGGGUCUGUUUCACCAGCAGACUUCUUUAGUCAGACUCCAAAGGAAAACUCAAACUUCCAGAUCCCUGUAUCAUGUGAUACUGAUGGGUUGAUAAGCCAAGCGCUCCUGGUUGGCAACUUUGAGGGAGCAGUCGACCUUUGUCUGAAUGACGGUCGCUACGCUGAAGCCAUCCUCCUGUCCAUCAGCGGGGGAGAAGAGCUGCUCAAGAAAACUCAGCAAAAAUACCUGAGCAAGCAAAAGAACAACAUCUCAAUGCUUAUAUCAUCAGUGGUCACCCAAAACUGGAGAGACAUAGUGCAAAGUUGUGAAUUGGACAACUGGAAGGAGGCUCUUGCUGCUCUCCUAACCUACGCAAACCCUGAAGACUUUGCCCGUCUCUGCGAUACGCUGGGAGGACGGUUGGAGCACGAGGCGACAGAGAAGCGAUGCCUGCAGGCCUGCUUGUGUUACAUCUGCUCUGGCAACGUUGAGAAGCUGGUGGAGUGUUGGGCCUUGCAUAGAGACUGCUCCUCCCCUCUUGGUUUAGAGGAUCUGGUUGAGAAAGUAAUGAUGUUGCGCAAGUCAAUCGAACGCCUCCGCAAUAGUGAGGUUGCAGUUCAGAGCCCCAUCCUGGCUGAGAAGCUAACCUGCUAUGCAGGCAUACUUGCUGCAGAGGGCAGUCUGUCCACUGCUAUGACCUACUUGCCUGAGAACUCAGACCAAUCUGGGAUCAUGAUGCUGAGAGAUAGACUGUUUCAUGCUCAGGGAGAGGCUGCAGUUGGACCGCAGCCUCCAAAUUCCUUCAACAGAGUUGGUGUGUCGACAGCCAAGCCUGCUGCUCAGACCCCUGUACCAAAAGCACAAGUUAUGAGCCAAUACCAACCCACUGCCCCCGCCCAGUUGGCUUCACAAUCGCAGCCUCCUAUACCAUCUAUUUUCACCCCAAAAGCUCCUCCAACCAACACUGGGCCUGGUUUGCCGCCCUCUUCUCAUGUACCGCCGCCCUCUGCAGCUCGUCCUGCCAUGGGGCCCUCCUUCCCACAACAUCAUCCUCCAGCUCCAGGUUUCCUUCCUCAUCAGCCAUUCCAGCCAAUGUCCAUGGGCGGACCCUCUGCUUUCCCUCCUCCAGGUCCUUCUAUGCCAGCUGCUAGCUUAUCAGGUCCUCCACUACCACCUCCAUCAUCCGCUCCUGGUGGUCUUCCCCCCAUGCCCAGCCCCGGGGUGCCACCAACACUCUUCAUGCCAUCAACCUCCUUACCUUCAAGCUUCAUGCCGCCCAGCUCCCAGCCAGGGGCCCCAGUCCCCUUGUACCCUGGCGGUGCUCGCAACCAGGGACCUGCUCCCCCCAUGGCACCAGGUCCCUAUGCUCCUCUGGGAUCAGGGUAUCCACAGGGAGGCCCCGGAGCCCCUGCUCUUCCUCCUCCUCCUACAGGAUAUUUUCCCUGGCUGAAUUCCCAGUGUGACCAUGAAGGACCUCAGGAAGGCUGGAAUGACCCACCAGCAGUCAGAGGUGGACCCAGGAAGAAGAAGAUGCCAGAUAACUACACUCCACCGGCCCCCAUCACGGCCCCCGUGAUGGGCUUCUCCGGGGACACACCUCAGCCUCACGACCACACUCAAGUCCCACCCGGAGCCCCACAGGAGCCCAGCGUGCAGCUCCUCCAGCAGCUGCCGGCAGAGAGAGUGGAGCAGAAAGAAAUCCCCGCUGAACACAUGGUCCUCAAAACCACCUUUGACAGCCUGGUGCAGCGCUGCCAGUUUGCAGCAGGAGACCCCCAAACAAAAAGGAAACUGGAUGACGCAGCCAAACGUUUGGGAUACCUUUAUGACAAGCUGAGGGAGCAGUCGCUCUCUCACAACAUCCUGAACGGGCUCCACGAGAUCAGCCGCUGCGUGGCGAGCCAGAACUACCAGCACGGCCUGGAGGUCCACACCCAGGUGGUCAGCAGCAGCAACUUUAGCGAGAUCUCUGCCUUCAUGCCCAUCCUCAAAGUGGUCAUGACCAUCGCCAACAAGCUGGGAGUCUAACCCCGGGGAACUUCAGCAACCAGAUUUCAGUGUUAUGAUAUUGUUAUAUAUGUAUUUAUUUCUUUUUGACCUGAUGACGUGCUUAACUACCAAUAAUAAUACUGAUAUUGAUCUUCACUCCAUACAUGUUCCUUCCUGGAGGACUUGUCUGAUUGGGGCAGUACGGUGGACCUUUUUUUUUUUGUAGUAGUAAAUGUUGCUGUGGUCAUUUUACAAAAAGAUGAAUGUAUGCUGAAAGUGGUGAUUCUGUUUGAAUUCCAAAUUGAUGUAAUAUACAAAGCAGGUGGUGUGAAGUUUGAAUCAAGGUGGCAUUUGUACAUUUAGAUUAACAUAGUGCUUUACAUACCAAUGCGGUUUUUUUCCAUCUCACGUCAUCAGCAGUUGAAAACGUAUGGGAUUUGAAUACAUGCGGUGCUGCAGCUACAGAAACACAAGAUCAGGCACAAGGGGGACUCACAUUUGAGUUGUGGUUAUGAACCAUCUGUUGGUGUAGUUUGUGUGUGUGUGUGGGGAGAGAAAAAAAAAAGUAUCGUUGAAUGAACAAGCAUCAAAAGCAUAAAAAAAAAACACACUGUAACAUAAGUACUGAUUGUUCUCUUCACCUGCUGUUACAGAUUGUGUCCAGUUUAUUGUGCCAUGAGGUCAGAGCACAGCAUUUCAGCAACAAUUUCACUCGAUGGUUAUCAUGGUUUUUUUUUUCUUUUUUCUCAUUGAAUAUUAAAUUAGUCCUAUUAGCGCGUUGAUUACUGACAGUUUGUGUGAAUGAAUGGCCGUUAAUGACUUUACUCCUUUCAUUGCUGACUUGCUCCUGUGUGCAUGUUCUCCUUGUGAACUCGUUCACUCACAUGACGGUAGACAAGAAAUAUUUAUUUGCUGUAUUAUGUCGGAAAAUGAAUUAACAUCCUCACGUCUCCCGUGUGUUAAAGAUGCUUUUCCUAUCACGCUUCAUCUUUUGUAACUCUGAAUGAUUUUUAAAUAAAUCAUACUUGUCGAGAUUAUGACACACAACUGAAAUGAACGGUUAAAUGAGCUGAAUGCUUUGAGGUGUGUAGCUGGACAUAAAAGCUGGACAGUUUGGUGUAUCAUGGCAGCAGAAGGCAGGAAAGUGCCUCGGUGUGCUCAUUUUGGUUGCACAGAUAUUUAUACAAUCCACGUUGCUUACUUUACUCAUUUCGGUAUCUUUUUUUCAAAUAAAUUUCCUCUUCUAA